CAGCGCCAGGCGCGCGGGAACUUCGCGGGAACUCGGGAGUUCGCGCUCGGCUUCGGCGGCCGUUACGCGCACGGCAAGCCCCGAGGACCCACGGCGGAAUUCCACGGGCCAUGACGCGGGUGCUGGUUGUAGGCGCCGGGCUGACCGGAAGCUUGUGCGCUGCGCUGCUGAGAAGGGAGCCGGCCUGUCCUUGGCACGUCACAGUGUGGGACAAGGUCGGGGACUCAGGAGGAAGAAUGACCACAGUCAGUAAUCCCCAUAAACCACAGUGCUUGGUUGACCUGGGUGCUCAGUACAUCACCUGUACCUCGGAUUAUGCCAAAAGACACCAAAGUUUUUAUGAUGAACUAUUAGCGCAUGGUGUUCUGAAGCCUCUGACCUCCCCUAUUGAAGGAAUGGUAAUAAGAGAUGGAGAACAAAAUUUUGUGGCCCCUCAAGGAGUUUCUUCAAUUGUUAAGCAUUACUUGAAAGAAUCAGGUGCUGAAAUCUACUUCAGGCAUUGUGUGACUCAAAUUAACCUCAGAAAUGGCAAGUGGGAAGUGUGCAAAGAAACAGGGCUCCCAGAGCAGUUUGAUGUUGUUGUUCUCACCAUCCCCGUGCCUCAGAUUUUGCAGCUUCAAGGUGACAUUGCAAACUUAAUUAGUGAAUGUCAAAGGCAACAACUGGAAUCUGUGAGCUACUCCUCUCGCUAUGCUCUGGGUCUCUUUUACGAAACUGGAACGAAGAUUGAUGUCCCUUGGGCUGGACAGUACAUCACCAGUAAUCCCUGCAUACGCUUCAUCUCCAUUGAUAAUAAGAAACGCAACAUAGAGUUAUCAGAAAUUGGGCCUUCUCUUCUGAUUCACACCACUGUUCCCUUUGGAGUUACGUACUUGGACCACAGCAUUGAGCAUGUGCAGGAGCUGAUCUUCCAGCAGCUGGAAAACAUUUUACCAGGUUUGCCUCAGCCAGUUGCUACCAAAUGCCAGAAAUGGACAUACUCUCAGGUUACAAAUGCUGUUGCCAACUCUCCUGGCCAAAUGACUCUUCACCUCAAGCCUUUCCUUGUGUGUGGAGGAGAUGGAUUUACUCAGUCCAGCUUUGAUGGCUGUAUCACUUCUGCCCUAUGUGUUCUGGAGGCUUUAAAGGCUCAUGUUUAGUGCCUGGUUCCUUAUUCCCUACAUGCAGUUGGGAGAUUUCUUUUCACAAUUUUCUAUUAUUGAUUAUUUUGUUGCCUGUUUCAUUAAGAGAAACUAGUAGAAAAUCAUUCUUCAUUUACUGUCACGUUCUAUAUGGAGAAAUUUUAUAAACUUUAUAAUAGAU